UCAUUUUACAUUUUAGAUGACCAAACCGACCAGCAGAUUUACUACAUCGCUGAAUUCGUCGGUGACGAUAUAAUACGAGAGGAGAAAACGAUCUUCAAAAAGGACAAAUUAGAUGUGAAAUCGCCGCUACUGCAUGAAUCGCGUCAUCUGCAGUCCGAAUUGAAGUUUGAAUCAGAGGACAGUCCAUCCAAGUUGACAUACACGAGCGGUCGAGGCAACAACGUGCUGAUUUACGAAGGUCAUCGUUACAUCAAAAAUAAUACCCAUAGCGGUAAAGUGUACUGGAAGUGCACUAAAUGGCACAGUGGAUGCAAAGCUCGAGCAAUCACCAACAGACUGACGCCGGAUGCUUGCUUGUUGAAGAAUACCCACAAUCACGAUCUUUGACCGCGACUAAACAACAUGUCUAGUGUCCAAAAACUCGUCCUUUAAAUAAAGAUCAACGAGUGAA